UGGGCGCUCACGGUGUGGCUCCAAACUCUACACAUUGGCUCCUGCAGCAGCACUGCACUCCUAACUAAGGGAAACUGCAAGUGUGUGCCCUGGCAGAGCACUCAUAGGAGAGCAGACACACCAGCUCACAGAGUGCCACCUCUGUGAACGCCAUCGCCGGCGCGUGGGAUUCGAACGCCAGCCACGAAAAGAAGACCGACAGCACCGCCGAACCCAUGCACCCGCCGCUCUACCGGCCGCACCCGAAGUGCGCGGCGCUCGUCGACGCGCUCGUCGAGUGCCACGACGCGAACGUCUACGGCAAGUUCUGGGGCGCCUGCAACGACCAGAAGGCCGCGAUGGACGCCUGCUUCAAGGCCGAGAAGGACGAGAAGCGGCGCGAGAAUUUGAGAAAGGCGCGCGCGUUCGACGCGGCGCGAGCGCGGCGGCAGGCGGAAAGAGCAGCUGCUGCGGCCGAGGACUGACGCGGUCGCGGCGAGCUCCUAAUCUAAAUGUGUGUGUUAA